AUGGCCCUGGGCGCGCCGCUCCGGUCCCCGCCUCCGGAGACACUGCAGCAGGCCGGGAGCUCCUCCGCACGGCGCGACGGCUCUCCCGCAAGCGGCAAACGCCAGGCGCGCAGCCCCCAUCUGUGCGCCGCCUGGGCCGCGCCUUCGAGUCGCUCGCUCCGCCCACCCCCGCCCAGGGCGCCGCGGAGCCCCGCCCCCUCGGGCGCCAGCACGAGGAGGAUGUCCCGCCCAGGAACGUCCAGGAACGUCGAGGAACCUCGAGGUCUGUUGAGGAACGUCGAGAACGUCGAGAAAGGUCGCGGUCCGUUGUGGUCCGUUGAGGAACGUCGAGGUCGGUCGAGGAACGUCGCGGUCUGCCCCCUGGCCCGAGGCAGCGGUGGCAGUGAGAACGAGAAGACUUGGGGUAGAGGGAAUGGGGAUGGGGAGAAGAGUGAUUCCAUUGUUCUCUGGCGAGGAUUCUCCAAGGAGUCUGAAAACAUGAGCUGGCUCAGAAAUGCCAAGAUACGCGUGGAGCAAGCUGUCAAGCAAAAGAAGAUCUUCAUGAUCCAAGGCCACUACCCAGUGAUCCGGAGCCUCUUGCACCAGAGGGGCUGGGUAGAGAAGAUCCAUCACUUGGGGACCCCCCUGCCACCAUCGCGGAAGGAUCUGGGUAGCUCAGUAGUGGGUAACAGUGACACCACCAAGGAUGAGGACGAAGACGAAGACAGUGCGUUGCGGCUACCACAGCUGUUUGACUUUCGUGAUUUACUGGAAUUUGAUGACCUAGAUGGGACACAUGCUCUGAUGCUUGUAGUCACUGUCCUGUCACUGGGCAAGUCACUGAUGGCCGUGGGCCAGAACAAGUCCCGCAUGGUUCAGGCCCAGAUCCCCUACUUCAUCUGGACCACUCGGCGGCGGGACGUGCUGGACUGUGAUGUUCUCUCCGAGGAUCAAAUGAUAAACCACUAUGCUGGGACUGAGGCCUUUACUACAAAGGUGGGUCUAUGUCUCAAUCUCCGGAAUUUGCCCUCGUUUGCUGAGGCUGAUGCCGAUUCCUUCUUCCCGCGCUGCUACUGCCUGGAGGCUAAGGAUGACAAAAAGGCCUUCAUAGAGGACUUCUGGCUGACAGCUGCCCGCAACGUUCUCAAGCUGGUGGUCAAGUCCGAAUGCAAGUCGUACUCUAUCCAGGCAGAAGAGGAAGAGGCCCUAGAAGACAAGAAGCCCAAGAAACAGGCCAGAAAGCUGGUGUUGGUGUCCUCGCAGUUUGUGGAUGAGGCUCUGUGCGCCUGUGAGGAGCACCUUAGCAAGCUGGCCCAUGUGGACAUCGACAAGAGCCUGGAGGCCCCGUUGUACCUCAGCCCUGAGGGCUGGUCCUUCUUCCUCCAGCACUACUACCAAGUGGUCCACGAGGGGGCAGAACUCAGGCACCUCAACACUCAGGUCCAGCGCUGUGAGGACAUCCUGCGGCAGCUGCGGGACACGGUGCCCCAGAUGGGCAUGGAAGGAGAUCACAACAUCUGGAUCGUGAAGCCAGGAGCCAAGUCCCGUGGACGAGGAAUCAUGUGCAUGGACCACCUGGAGGAGAUACUGAAGCUGGUGGAUGGCGACCCCAGCAUGAUGAAGGACAACAAAUGGGUGGUGCAGAAGUAUAUUGAGCGGCCCCUGCUCAUCUUUGGCACCAAGUUUGACCUGAGACAGUGGUUCCUGGUAACCGGCUGGAACCCACUUACUGUGUGGUUCUACCGUGACAGCUACAUCCGCUUCUCCACGCGACCCUUCUCCCUGAAGAACCUGGACAAUUCGGUGCACCUGUGCAACAACUCCAUUCAGAAGCACCUAAAGAAUUCAUGCUGUCGGCACCCGCUGCUGCCCUCAGACAACAUGUGGUCAAGCCGGGAGUUCCAGGCCCACCUUCAGGAGAUGGGGACCCUGAAUGCUUGGUCCACUGUCAUGGUGCCGGGCAUGAAGGCCGCAGUGAUCCACGCCCUGCAGACCGCCCAGGACACUGUGCAGGGUCGGAAGGCCAACUUUGAGCUUUAUGGCGCUGACUUUGUGUUUGGUGAGGACUUCCAGCCCUGGUUGAUCGAGAUCAACUCCAGCCCCACCAUGGAGCCCUCCACGCCUGUCACCGCCCAGCUCUGUGCCAGCGUGCAAGCCGACACCCUGCGCGUGGUCAUUGACUGGCGACUGAACCACAACUGUGACACUGGAGCCUUUGAGCUCAUCUACAAGCAGCCCGCUGUGGAGGUGCCCCGGUAUGUGGGUACCCAGCUCCUAGUAAAGGGCGAGGCCAUCAGGAAGCCCCUGGCAAUGUGUCACCGGCGGAUACGGGUCCGCCCAGCUCCUCACCUGCUGACCCAGCAAGACUCUGGGGAAGGCAAGGACUUGGGGACCCUUACCCACAGGUCAGCUCCUAGGGAGGUUGCUGAGGCCAGGAGCUUCGGGCACAUGGAGAAGCCAGACUCCACUGCCACCACCUCGGCCCCCAGAAGGGCCCCUUGCCACUUCCCCAGCCUCCACACCCAGGCCUGGCUGCCAUCCCCCAAUGUGCUCCGCGCCCAGCGCCAGGACCUCAGACUGCAGUACAGCAAGCCAGUCGGCACUAGGACCCUGUUGACCACCGGCAAGGCCUCCAUAACACUACCUACCACCAAGGGUAGGAUUUCCUUACCACGGGACCCUGAGCUCAAGCUGGCAUCCAACAUCCUGAAACCAAGAAAGGUGGGGCUCAAACUGUGA